AUGGGUCGGUACCGAUGGCGUUUGCCGGCCUCCGGCGCCCGUGAGGCCUCGCAGAACGCGCGGCAAAGCUCGGAAGUGAAGCUCCGCUUUCCGGAGGAUAUCGAUGCCUGCUUUCGUGGAGGUGCACCCGCACCACCGAAGAGAGCGCCGCUCUUCCCAGAUGACAUCGACGCGCUCUUCCGACGCUCGGGCGAUGCCACGCCUGCGCCCAUCCAGGCAGUCGAGCCGGCAAAGCCGGCGGAGGCAAAACCUUCGGAGGCCGAGCCGGCGUCAGAGGCCCAGGCCACGCAAGAGCCAGCCACCCCGACUCGCUCUCGACCAGUGUCCUGGUUGGACGGAGGGACGCCGAGUCCUCAGCAAAGCCGUGGCCGCAGAGUGAAGCCACGGAGGGACAUCACCUCCGAAGGAAGCAGCGGAUCACUUGGCAGGGCGGGUUCCUCAGAAAUGUGCGGCAAGGAAGGAAUCCAGAAGGCCGGGCGGGUUUGGGGCCUCGCUCAUUUGCUCGAGUUGGCUGCCAUCUUGGCAUGUGCAGGCGAUUCUGCUUCAGACGAGGUGCCGGAACUUGCAGAGACGGCGAAGAUCGCCCACUUCGUCGCGCAGUUUGCCGUGGAUCUGAAGCACCUGCUCACGGCUAGCAACCAGGUUUUGGCGCCACCACAGGCUAGCCUGCCGGUGGCGUCGGCACUUGCAGGAAUUACCGAGCAAGGCGGAGGCAGUGCCGAGAAUCCUCCUGUUGCCUCGCAAAGUUGUGGAAAGCUCUUCUCCGACAUGGCCGCUGCAGAUGCCCAGAUGGUUGGCAAGGUGCUCCUGGACGAGGAUGUCUUUGGAAACGAUGCUGCCACUGAAAGUGCCCGAACCAUGCUGGUGUCAGCUCUUCCUCAUGCAGAGGGAGGCCAUCCGUAUCAGCAGGAAGUCCUGAAGCAGUGCCAGCGAAUUUUGUCGGACAGCAAAACCCUCGCCGACAAGGAAAGCGAUCGACUUGGAGAGGAGGCAGCUGCCGCAGCUGCCCGCAUCUCGGAAGCUGAGCAGACCCUCAUGAAUGCAAGCAUCGCCACGCAGCAGGCGAAGGAGGCUGUGACCUCAGCCACAGCGGUGCUCGAAGAGCAGGAGAAAGAGGUGGAAGCAGCGAAGGUUGACGAAGUCUCCAGUCGUCGAAGCGAAGCAAAGAAGGUCCAAACUCGCAACGAAAGUGCCGCAGCGAAGGCUGCCCUUGACUCUGCGUUGGCACUCCUGAAGGCCGACUCAGGGGCCGAGUCGCAAACAGAGCUGCUGCGGCUGCUGGUGCAGGCCUCGGCAGAGAAAACUUUGAUCGACGCCUUGCCCGCGGCCCUGGAGUUGGCAGCGGCGGAGCGAGGGGAGUUCGACAAGUUGACCAUGGACACUGCUACAGAGGCCUUAUUGGAGUUCCAGACGAGCCUUGCGCAGGAGUUGUCCGAGGCAGAGGCUGCGGUCCGUGAUGCACGUGCAGAAGCCCUUGGCUGUGAGGCCCUACGUGAGGUUCAAGAGGAGAAGAAAGAGACCUCCGCUCGGAACCUGCAAGCCGCUGUUGACUGCGUGGAGGCCCGGGAGGCCGACGAGAAGGCGGCAAGCAGCAGCCUGGCAGCCCGCGAGGCUGAGAGGAGCAACUUCUUGGUCCAUCAGGUCCUUGCGCAAGACAGGGCCAGGAAAGUCUCGGCCGCAAUGGCUGCGGUUGAGAGACUGAGCACUCCGGCUACAGAGGCCCCUUCGACUGCACAGGAUGUCGAAAUGGAGUCAUCCGCUGGAGAGGCCAAGAUUGUGGCCGAGUCGACCGAGGACGUGGACAUGGAACAGGUGUCCAAAGAUCUUAAGACUGCGGCUGGAUCUCCCAAGGUGGAUGUCUCGAGGGGAGAAUUGCCCCGACAUGCCACUGAGCUUGGCGCUUGA